AUGUAUAACCAAUUUGAAGCCAGGAUUAGUGCACUCGAACAAAGGUUCAAAGCAGAUGAUCCUGACGUUCAUACUCAAUUUGAUACCAGGAUUCGUGUACUCGAACAAAAGUUAAAUGAUGCACGAAACAGUUUUACUACCAACUUACUCACUGUCAAUGAAAUUCGUGUCAAUCGCUGGAGAAUUAUGUAUGAAUCGAAUGUAGCGUUGGUCUUUCGUGAUCUGCAAGGCAAUGGAGAUAAAAGAUAUGCAAUGUGGAAUGAUAGAUACGUUGAUCUCUAA